AUGCGGAAGCAAUUGGAUCCACGGAUCCCAACCCUGAUACGAAACAAUGUAUCAAGCGGGCACAGGUCCUUCUUUGUCGUCGUGGGCGACCAUGGACGUGAUCAAGUGGUAAAUCUGCAUUUCCUGCUGUCACAAUCACGAGUUGAGGCCAGACCGAAUGUGCUUUGGUGCUACAAGAAAGACCUAGGCUUCACCACACAUCGUAAAAAGCGCGAGGCGAAAAUCAAGCGAGAUAUUAGGCGUGGUGUCCGUGACCAGGAUUCGCAGGACCCGUUCGAGUUGUUUGUCGGAGUGACAGACAUUCGUUACUGCUACUUCAAAGACACACCAAAAAUCCUCGGUCGCACUUUUGGAAUGCUCGUACUACAGGAUUUCGAAGCGAUAACACCCAACAUGCUUGCACGCACAAUUGAAACAGUCGAAGGCGGCGGCAUUGUAGUGCUUCUGCUCCAAAACAUGUCGAAUCUCCGGCAGCUACACUCCUUAUCGAUGGAUGUACACAAACGAUACCGCACGGCUUCGACGGAUGAGGAGCCCGUCGCAAGAUUCAAUGAGCGGUUUCUCUUGUCGCUAAGUGCAUGCGCUGAUUGCUUGCUACUUGAUGACGAGCUGAACGUGCUCCCCGUCAGUAACGGCAGGGAUAUCCGACCUCUGCCCGAGACACAGUCGUCACAAAGCACGGGCGGAGUCGGUGCAGCUGUACGACGUGAUGCAGCGACGCGCGAGCGAGAAGAAAAUAUAGCUGCUCUGCGAGCAGACGUGUCGGAAACACGCGUCGUGGGUGACGUGAUUCGCCAUGCCAAGACCAUGGAUCAGGCAACGGCUGUCCUAACGAUUCUGGAUGUGCUAGCGAGCUCGUCCCUCUCAACGACCGUGACACUUACAGCAGGUCGUGGUCGCGGAAAGUCUGCAGCGCUUGGCCUUUGCUUGGCAGCUGCGAUCGCGCAUGGCUACAGCAAUAUCUUCGUCACAUCGCCGAGCCCCGAGAACCUCAAGACUUUGUUCGAGUUCGUGCUAAAGGGACUAGAUACGCUUGGCUACGACGAAGUGGCAGACUGGGACUUGCAGCGUGGCACGGGCGAGUGGAAAGACACCGUGGUGCGUGUCAAUGUGUUCCGUGGCCACCGCCAAACCAUUCAGUAUAUCCAACCACAGGACCAUGCGGUGCUGAGUCAGGCCGAGCUACUUGUUAUUGACGAGGCAGCCGCCAUUCCACUGCCUCUUGUGCGCCAAUUGCUCGGCCCCUACCUUGUGCUGAUGUCGUCCACGAUCAAUGGCUAUGAGGGCACUGGACGCAGUCUCUCGCUCAAGCUUUUCCAGCAACUACGAGCGAACUCGUCGAGCGUGGGCGCUCGCACACUAAAAGAAGUGGAAUUGCGCGAGCCGAUUCGGUAUGCACCCGGUGAUAAGGUCGAGGCAUGGCUAAACGAGUUGCUGUGCUUGGAUGCAUCGCUGGCGAAAAUGCCCACCCAUUCGCGUGAUGGAUGCCCGCAUCCUAGCACGUGUGAUCUGUAUAUGGUGAAUCGCGAUACGCUCUUCAGCUAUCAUCCAGCGAGUGAGCUCUUUCUCCAGCGAAUCAUGGCUUUGUAUGUCGCUGGUCACUACAAAAAUUCGCCCAAUGACCUGCAGCUACUGAGUGAUGCACCAGCCCAUGCCCUGUUUGUCCUGCUGCCGCCUCUCUCGAGUGGAACGCUGCCGGAGCCAUUAUGUGUGGUGCAAGUCGCGUUGGAGGGUAACAUCAGUCGCCAGGCCAUCUUGAACAGCCUUGCACGCGGGACUCGUGAUGCCGGCGACUUGGUGCCUUGGCUCAUGACGCAGCAGUUCCAGGAUGCCGACUUUGCAAGCUUGUCAGGUGCGCGGGUCGUCCGCAUUGCUGUGCAUCCCGAGUACGCUCGCAUGGGCUAUGGCGCACGUGCACUAGAGCAGCUUGAAAUGUUUUACGAAGGCGCACUUCUUGAUCCCGAUGCACACGCGGAGAAAGUGGCCCGUGAUGCAUCUCGUCCAGCGACAACACGCACCGAGUUGGGUGGUCGAGAGCCCAAGUCCUUGCCACCCCUGCUCGAGCGGCUGUCGGAGCGACAGCCUGAAUCACUGGACUGGCUCGGUGUAUCGUACGGACUAACGUCGGAGCUCUUCAAGUUCUGGAGGCGUGCAGGCUUCACACCCUUGUACAUCCGGCAGGUGCCUAAUGAGCUGACGGGCGAGUAUUCCGCUGUGCAAAUCAAGACCCUACAUGGCCAGCAGUCGUGGCUGAGUGCCUUUGCUGGUGACUUCCGCAAGCGCUUCUGCAAUCUGCUAUCUUUCCGUUUCCGUGAAUUGCGCACUGUGACAGCACUUGGCAUCCUCGAGGCAGCUUCUGCUGCAGUAGCAGCGGUGCCGGCACCGGAGGCGACGGCCGCUCGUACGACCGAGUCUGUGCCCUUAUCAUAUCCUGAGCUGCGCAUGCUAUUGACGCCCUUUGACAUGAAGCGCCUUGAGUCCUACGGCAACAAUCUACUGGAACUGCAGAUCGUCGUUGAUUUGCUACCGACGCUCGCGAUGCUAUACUUUGGGCGUCGACUGCGCUCGGCCGAUGACGAGUCGGACAUGGAACGAGAGCUCUCGGUGAGUGGUCUAUCGGCGGCGCUGCUCUUAGCCAUCGGUCUGCAGCGGCGCUCCCUGGAUGACAUUGCAAGUGAGUUGCAGAUUGCUGUACACCAAGCGCACACACUGCUCUGCAAAGCCGUAAGGCACAUGGUUCAGAGUCUUCGUGCGCUUGAGAAGCGCGACGCAGAGGCUGUCGUCGAUGCACAAGCCCCUCGCAUAGAACAGCAGAAACUGUGGGCACCGGUAGCAGAAAAUCUUGAAGAAGAACUUGCAGAUGCUGGUCGUGACGCUGUUGAGCCUGACGCUGGCCAGCGCGCAUUCACACAAGAGCUGCUGAAUGAUACUGAAAUGUCCAAGUAUGCGAUUGCGCAGGACGAUGAUAAUGCAUGGAAAGAGGCUGAAGCUCGCGUUCGAAAGAUGCAAGAUGACUCUACUGGACGCUCGUAUUCUUCUACAUUUAGUAUUCGUGCGCCAGAGGCCGCGCAACGCGAUUCGGAGAGUGGGCGUCAAGAUGAUGUUUCUUCCUCGAAGAAGAAGCGGUCGGCGCCAUCUUCAAACAAGGCGGCUGCCUCUGGUAAGAAACGCCGAGCAUCUCGCGCACACUCAUAG